UAGCGCCUUGGUUGACAUUGUUGUUGUUGUGGGAGUAGGAAUGUACUUAGUCGUCAAGUCUUUUCAGGACAACGAGCGAACCGUAUUUUUGCCAUUUACUCAAAGCUAAACAACAAAUUUCCACAGAGGAGGACGACUCACUGGCGAUUUUCUGCAAGCAAAGACAGCGAGAGAGAAAUGUGAGAGAAAUUCCGCGAGGCCGCUCGAGGUGUGGCCAGAACAGUGCUUUUGCAGUGAGGGAGAAUUGUUCUCCAGUUUUUCUCUCCCCUGAUGUCCCCUUCUGCACUGUAAAUUCAUGAUCACAUGACUUUGGAUAUGGACGCAGUCCUGUCCGACUUUGUCCGUUCUACUGGAGCUGAACCUGGACUGGCCAGAGACCUGCUUGAGGGCAAGAACUGGGACCUCACGGCUGCACUCAGUGACUUUGAGCAGCUCAGACAAGUGCACGCAGGUAACUUGUCGGGCACCUUUACGGAAGAGAGAGACUACCCCAUUGGUGAAAAGGAGAUGGCCCGAACACCACGACCGCCCUUACAUCGCCAGGAUGACGCUGUGCAAGCAGCCACGGAGAAGCGACUUUCAAGGGGGAUCUCACACGCCAGCUCCACCAUCGUCUCUCUGGCCCGUUCGCACAUGUCCAGUACGGGUGCUGUCAACGAGCUGCUUCUAGACAAUCCACUUUGCACUUUCCAGCUUCCCGAUCUCACCAUCUACAGGGAGGACUUUCGCGGAUUUAUCGAGAGAGAUCUUAUCGAGCAGUCAAUGAUGGUGGCGUUGGAGCAUGCUGGGAGGCUUAACUGGUGGACACGUUUGGGAACCGGCUGUCAGAGCUUGUUGCCUCUGGCUACUAGUGGAGAUGGCAACUGUCUGUUACAUGCAGCCUCUUUGGGUAUGUGGGGCUUCCACGAUCGAGACCUGAUGUUGCGAAAAUCUCUCUAUGCAUUGAUGGAUCAUGGGCAGGAGAGAGAAGCUUUAAAGCGCAGAUGGAGAUGGCAACAAACCAUGCAGAACAAAGAGUCUGGGCUGGUAUACACCGAAGAAGAGUGGCAGAAGGAGUGGAAUGAGUUGUUGAAGCUGGCAUCCAGUGAACCCAGAAUACACUACAGCACCAAUGGCACCAAUGGUGCCGAGUCGCAGGAAGAGCCAGUGUACGAAAGUCUGGAGGAAUUUCACGUCUUCGUUCUGGCCCAUGUGCUCCGCAGGCCGAUAGUAGUGGUGGCUGACACCAUGCUACGGGAUUCUGGAGGAGAAGCUUUUGCACCAAUCCCAUUUGGAGGGAUUUACCUUCCCCUGGAAGUAGCUGCCAACAAGUGUCACCGCUCCCCUCUCGUUCUGGCUUAUGACCAGGCACAUUUCUCAGCCCUCGUUUCAAUGGAGCAAAAGGACAGUUCAAAAGAGCAAGUGGUGAUCCCUCUGACAGACUCUGAUCAUAAGAUGCUGCCUUUGCACUUUGCCGUGGAUCCCGGGGCAGAUUGGGAAUGGGGAAAAGAUGACAACGACAACGUGAUGCUAGCAAGUGUAACUUUAUCUCUGGAGGCCAAGCUUCAUCUACUGCACAGCUACAUGACUGUGACCUGGCUUCCCCUGCCCGUAGAGGUACAGCAAGCCCCACUGGCCCAGCCAGAAUCACCUACAGCGUCUGCAGGAGAGGAUACCCGCACCCCGCCAGACUCCGGAGAGUCCGAUAAAGAGUCCGUCAGCAGCAGUUCCAAUGGAAACGGAGACAGUAGCGCAGCAGGAACCAGUGGUACAACGGGCAAAACGAGUGGUGGAUCUUCCAGCUCCUCGAGCUCGUCCAGUAACAGCUCUGCUGGGAUGACCGGCACUAUGGGCAAGGAGAAGGGCAAGAAAGACAAAGAAAAAGAUAAGGACAAGAAACGGGCAGACUCCGUUGCCAACAAGCUGGGUAGCUUUGGCAAGAGCCUGGGCAGUAAGCUGAAGAAGAAUGUAGGAGGUUUGAUGACAGGGAAGAAUGCAAGUGGGAGUGUGGGAAAACAGGAAGGUCAGGAAAAGAAGAAAGGCUCCCUGAGAGGUCGUAAGGGCAGUAAGGACAGCUGUCCCUCCAUUCAAACCGGCUCGGAGGACUCUGGUAAAGGUUCACCAUCCUCCAACAGCGAGCGGCAAAAUGGAAACUGCUCCGAGAGCGACACGUUUAAAUACAGCUCGGACGUGAAGGUUAGUCUCGGCAUUCUCCGAUCCGCUAUGCAAGGCGAAAGGAAGUACAUCUUUGCCGCAGUACUCACUACAAGCAACCGGCAGCCGUUCCAAGAGGAGAUGAUCCAGCGCUAUCUGUUGGACGCAGAAGAGCGUUUCCAUACAGAGCAGGAACAGAAGAGAGAGGCUGAACGGAAAGCACCCGGGGGUCUCGCGACGACCGUCGGAUCCCAGAUGAAAAAGGAGGGGCAAGAUCUGGGUUACAGAGGUCUUGAAAGCAAGGAAGAAGCUACUGACAACUCGCCUCCAACUUUCAACCCUUUGAAGUCCUCUUCUUACAGUCCAGUAAUGUACUCGGGUGUGGUGCCCAUCCCUAGGCCCACCAUAAUUGACCAAUCUCCCUCCCCACUCACCCAGCAUGUUCAUAUGCACGGUUACCUGGAGACAAGACGACAACUUGCAGGAGGCUCGCCUUCCUCUUACCCCGGCUUGCCAUCUUACGCUACACUGCCACGACACUACCCGUUAGCACAGGGCCCUCCACAUUCCCAGUACCACCCACCCUCGACCUCUUUGGGUAGCCCGUCCCGUAUCACCCCCUGUUUGACGUCUUUUCCCCAUGAACACGACCCAGCUGAUUACCCACCUGAACUGACUAUAGGAGGCUACACAAAUGGCUUGCGGGACUUGCGCACUACUCUGGACGGCCGCAAUGGGCCAAUGCCUGUGAGGCAUUAUUCCUUAGGCAGCGCAGGUGGACUGGCCAACCUGCAGUCUAGCAGAUGCAGAACACCAACCUGCAAUUACUACGGCCACCCAGAGACAGGCUACUACUGCUCGUACUGCUACAGAGAAGAGUUGAAGAGGCGAGAACCAGAGGCAGCUAUUCACAGGUUUUGAAUGGAUAAUCUGCUCUGCCCUCCCCUAAAAGGACUCCACCGGAGCCCGCUGCGUGAGCCACAUCACAUUCUGUUUGCGUAGAUCUUGCUUGAACACGAGAUCAGCUUUUUCUCGUGGAUGAGGGGACAGUGACGAUGGCCAUGGGACUGCUGUUGCGUUACAUUUGCCGUGGCUCAUAGGCAGGAGCUUCAAGCUCUGCCCUUAUUGGUCGUGGUCAGGCUGUCUCUUCCUAGUGGCGAGAAUAUAGAGCACAGACAAAAGAUGUUGGAGCAUAGUAGCUAUCUUGCAUCACAUGAACAAAUGCAUACCCCAAAAAUACAUGUUAAGCACAUGAAAUUGUAUUUAUGACUGCUGCGUUUGUAGAAAUGAUAACUCUGCAGUCAGUGUAAGACUUGCCAUAUUGUGAUUUCAGAACAACAACACACUGUUACCUAAAAAUGCGUGUUGUCCGCAUUGACCUGGUUUGCUCUGUUACUUUUUUCUGCAUCCGUUUCAAAACCAUACUUGACUUAAAUGAGAUGUCUGCUUUUGGUGCUUUUUAGCUUCCUUCCUCAUAGAUGUUCAACUUCAAAUCAAGUGCGGUGGAGCUGAACCUUGACAGCCAAAGGUUUUGAUUAUCCUCAAUUGCUUAUUCACACAUGUCCGUAUGAAGUUUGGAAACAUUUAGAACAAAGUGUACACAUUUUAAAAUCGCCCAUCCUAAUAUUAACUUUAUAGAUAGGCACCUCAUGUGCCCCUCUUUUUAUUAGAUUUUUUUAAUAAUGGUACAUAGCGUGGAUAUAGCGCGAAAGUAUUAUAUUGUUUAUUUUAACAAAGUCAAAUAAGGUACUCGCAGAGGGGUAACGUUGAAAGCGAUCUCUUAGUUCCCUUCAGGCAUUACUGCUUCACCAAAUUCAGCGUUGUGUUCCUUGAUGAUAUUGGGGGGUAACACUGGCGUCAGCUGUCCUUAAAUUCACUUUUCCUUUAUGUGAAGAUUAUCGCCCCAGUGACGUAUGACAAAGCUGCACAAAACCAAGCACUUUUUUGAUGUCCCAAUGUUGUGCGUGCGGGCCUUAGACGUGACAAUGAUAGACUGUUAUGUUACUGUGCUUCUCGUCGCUAUCAUACAGCGUUUUGGAUGAAGUUAGCAGCUCCUCUCGUGUGGACUGCAAAGGUAAGGGUUCAGCAUUUGGUGCCACUGUGUUGUGCGCAGGCUCACUUCUUUCCUAGUUGCCUUUUCACUCUUAGUUCAAUCCUUCAGGGGGAUUGUUGAACUGAAUUGAUAUUUUUCUUUGCUUCUGCAUUCGUAAAGCUGAAUACAGAAUUGUCAGUAUUUGUGGACGCAGAGGGAUACUUGCUCAUCAGUAGAUAAACUAGAGACUGCACCAUGCAUCUAGAUUUUAUGACAGAUGUACCUUUUCACAAACCUGUUAUACUGUUGACAGACAGUACAGGCCCUGUUAAAGCCAGCUAGUUGUAUUAAAGGGUUGGUUGAUCUAAAAAUGAAAAUACAAUCAUUACUUGCUCACCCUCAUGUCUCGGGCAUUCACCACACAGUGAUGUGAAGGUGACACUGUUGAGCUCCAAAAAGAGAACAAAGUUACCUAAAAGGAGUCCAUAUGACUCUUUUGAUUUUAUGUAACAAUACUUUUAUCAUAACUCGCGUACAAUAUCUUUUGUAAUGUGGUACAGCAGAGAGCAAGAUACAUCCAUAUCGACUUUCAAUAUAUUGAGGAAAUGGCCAAAAUAUUCAUAAAAAUGGGGUGAGUAAAUAAAGAUCGCUUUUUCAUUCUCAGUCCUUUUAAAUGCUCAUCGCUCAUGUGAAAUGGGCUGUUAUAGUACUGUACGAGGAUGCUGCUGCUGUGAUUUUCAUGUGAAUAGCUGAUUUGAGUUACUUUUAGUGUAUCACACUGGUGGUAGAUGUAGAACUGGUGAUGUAGUCUCUAUGAACGCCCGCUUCUAAAACACUCAAAACAGAUGUAUUCAGUCAUAUGCAAAUAUCUGUGUAACCAUGUCGACUUGCGAAACUUCAACAUUAAAAUUACUGAUUUGCACAAUAAAGAAGUAACCAAAUCUAAGCAUCAUCAGACUUCAUCUGGUGUCUCCCUGCAUUUGAAGCCUUUUCAAUUUGGGUUCUUCAUUUUUAUUAUGUUUUGACAGAGUGAAAUUUUGCAGCAAAAUGAGAACCUGUUUUAUUUUUGAAGAUGAUUGUUUUAGUGUUAUUCACACUUAUAACCGAUAGAUGGCGCACUUGUUAAGGUUAUUUUUGGCAGCGAUUACCUCUAUUUCUGUAUCAAUUCAAGAAAUCUUCAGUGACCUAGUGAGACUGACAGCUUAUUUCACAGUGUAAAUAAGGGACAGAGAGGACGCUGCUUGUUUGUUUGUUUGUUUUUUGUUUAUUUGUUUGUUUUUGGACAAGCACAUUUGAAUAUAAAUGCAAGCAAAUAAGUGGAUGUAAUUGAACAGUUGUUUUGUCUUAUGUGAGGCAUAUUCACCCAGACAUCUGAUUUCCAGUCUGCUAAUUCGUGAAAAGGAAUUCAGCGUGUGAGCACGUGUUUGUGUGUUUACUGUGUGUGUGUCCAGUCAAUUGAGCUUUUGCAAAAAUAUUGCAGCUUCAAGGCACAAACGUGGGGAAAAUGACAAGUGAUUCUCCGCAGGAGUUUAUGUUCUCCUUCUAUUGUACUUGUAGCUUUCAUUUUAACGGAUCCAUUUAUUUAACAAAAUGGAGAGGUCGUUCAAGGACUUCAAUAAGAUUGCGAACAUUUUUGUAUUAAGGAAUAAAAAAUGUUGUAUAAAUGCGUUCGAGUUAUUUUUGUAAAUCAAAAGCAGUUUUACAGUGUUUUUUAAAGAUACGAAUGUAUGCUGUAUAGGACCCAAGUUGGAGUCAGUGGUUGAGUUAGUAUUUUGGGGCUACUGUAGGUUGACCAAGAGAAGCUUCUUACAACUUGAGUUUCUUGUGACAAACUAAUUUCCCCAUCAGCGAUCUGACAAGAUGGUAUGAUUUAAGAGUCUAUAUUUGUAGUAAGAUUUUUCAAGCGUUUGUGAAGUUUAGUUCUGAAACUGGGAUGUUCUUUCCUACGUGGCUUGUUGUCAAACAGACGGGCCACUGUAAAUUUCAUCAUUUCAAUUUUAAAGCAAGUUACUUUAUUAGAUUUUUGUGUACAUUUUCUAAAUGAUGGUGAUGUCCACCCUCAGUUUUCACACUAAAUUCUCUUAUUUGUUACAGUGGGCUUUUUGUUUUAUGAUGAUGUAUCUUACUAUUUUUAUAUAGUAUGUUUUCACGGAUGUAACAGAACUACAGUCAACAGCAUAUUCGAAUUUGCAUUGGACUGAAACUGUUGCAUGUACAGAACUGGCAGAUUUAUUUGUGCAUUACUUCUGGCGUAUUGGGCAGUUUGUGGUUCUUUUCAGUUUUUAUUUCAAUCUUGUUUGAGGGGUGACCCUAGGCUGUGUGACAGUGCAAUCUUGGUGGAAAGAACAUCUGAUUUUUUUUGUUAGAUUUUUUUUCUCUUUCUUUUUGCACCGUUUUAAUAAAAUUAUCAUUGUAUUUAAACACA